AUGAGUGGCUUGCGGGCAGCGGAAAUCCACAUCGACACUGAGCUCAAGGAGGAUCUCUGGGGGGAGUAUGGCCCGAGUGCCGACGCCCAACUGAGCACAUGGGGAAAUGCUGAGGUUACUGAUCUCCCGUUCGGCAACGAGAUCUUCUUCAACGCAGCAAUGGACGCCUUCGGUGAAUUUGCCGUGGGGAACGACAUAUGCUUGAAGGCGUAUCAUAUUGCCUGGACUAUCUUGGUGAUUGACUACGGCUUGUCGAAGGUCAAGAAGUCGACGAUGAACCUCACAAACUCCCACCGAAAGAACACGCGGUGGGUGGCAAGCAUCCGCAGGGUGGUGAAGCGGGCGGUGACGGAUCAUUUCAGCCAGCUUGGAGUAAGAGCAGAUGUGGGGACAGGGGAACCACAGCAGGGAGGGGAGGAGAGGAACCACAGCAGGGAGAGGAGCAGGGGAACCACAGCAGGGAAGGGAGGAGAUGAACCACAGCAGGGAAGGGAGCAGGUGAACCACAGCAGGGAAGGGAGGAGAGGAGUCACAGCAGGGAGGGGAGCAGGGGAACCACAGCAGGGAGGGGAGGAGAGGAACCACAGCAGGGAGAGGAGCAGGGGAACCACAGCAGGGAAGGGAGGAGAGGAACCACAGCAGGGAGGGGAGCAGGGGAACCACAGCAGGGAAGGGAGGAGAGGAGUCACAGCAGGGAGGGGAGCAGGGGAACCACAGCAGGGAAGGGAGGAGAGGAACCACGGCCGGGAAGGGAGGAGAGGAGUAUCAGCAAGGAGAGGUGCGCAGGAGUAA